AACACAGAAAAAUGAGACUGACAGAAUCUGAUAUUUCUCUUAAUUUUGAGGCGAUUUGUGUUAAUUAGAAAAAGAUCCAGUAUUUGAAAUGAUGUACUCCGGUGGAAGCGUCCCAGAGGGCCAGCAUCUACUGCUUUCGCUUCUGCUAUUUACACUCUGGGGAGGGGUAAGCGGUCAGCUCCAGUACUCCGUGCCCGAGGAGGCCAAACACGGCACCUUCGUGGGCCGCAUCGCGCAGGAUCUUGAGCUGAAACUGGAGGACCUGGUGACACGCCAAUUCCAGUUGGAUUCAAAGGGUCGCGGGGACCUUCUGGAGGUAAAUCUGCAGAAUGGCAUUUUGUUUGUGAAUUCUCGGGUCGACCGGGAGGAGCUGUGCGGGCGGAGCGCGGAGUGCAGCAUCCACCUGGAGGUGAUCGUGGACAGACCGCUGCAGGUUUUCCACGUGGAGGUGGAGGUGAAGGACAUUAACGACAACCCGCCUGUGUUCCCCGCCACGCAAAAGAAUUUGUUUAUUGCGGAAUCCAGGCCGCUUGACUCUCGCUUUCCACUAGAGGGCGCAUCGGAUGCAGACGUCGGAGCCAAUGCCCUGCUCACUUACAGACUGAGCCCCAAUGAGUAUUUCUCACUGGACAUACCACCCCGCCACGAACAGGUAAAGCCUCUUGGGCUUGUCUUACGGAAACCUUUAGACAGGGAGGAAGCUCCCGAGCUAUAUUUGUUGCUCACCGCCACCGAUGGAGGCAAACCCGAGCUGACCGGCUCCGUUCAGGUAAUCAUCACGGUGCUGGAUGCCAACGACAAUGCCCCAGUUUUCCACCGGACGCUUUAUACGGUGAAAUUGCCGGAGGAUGUUUCUAUUGGGACGCUGGUAAUAAACGCCAACGCCUCCGAUGCGGACGAGGGCGUGAACGGAGAGAUUACUUACGCAUUCUCCAGUGAUGUUUCUCCAGACAUAAAAUCCAAGUUCCACAUAGACGCCGUGAGUGGGGAAAUUACGGUGAUAGGACUGAUUGAUUUUGAAGAAAGUAAAACCUACAAAAUUCAAGUAGAGGCAGUUGAUAAAGGCUCUUUGCCCCAGGCUGGUCACUGUACCGUUCUUGUGGAAGUUGUGGAUGUUAACGACAACGCUCCACAGUUGACUGUUAAAACGCUCUGGCUCCCUGUUAAAGAGAACGCAGAAAUUGGGACAGUUAUUGCCCUGAUUAGCGUGAUUGACUUAGAUGAAGGUGCAAAUGGGCAAGUGACCUGCUCCCUCAUGCCUGAUGUGCCCUUCAAGCUGAUGUCCACCUUCAAGAACUACUAUUCCCUGGUGCUGGACAGCGCCCUGGACCGGGAGAGCGCCUCUGACUACGAGGUGGUGGUGACUGCCAGGGACGGGGGCUCGCCCUCGCUGUGGACCACGGCCACCGUGUCCGUGGAGGUGGCCGACGUGAACGACAACGCGCCGGUGUUCGCGCAGGCCGAGUACACGGUGUUCGUGAAGGAGAACAACCCGCCGGGCAGCGGGCAGGCGCCUAAGGCCUCAUCGCGGACAUUUGUGAGCGUGCCGGGCUCUGAGGCGGCGGUGGUGGAUGUGAACGUGUACCUGAUCAUCGCCAUCUGCGCGGUGUCCAGCCUGUUGGUGCUCACGCUGCUGCUGUACACGGUGCUGCGCUGCUCGGCGGCGCCCACGGAGAGCGCGUGCGGGCCUGGGAAGCCCACGCUGGUUUGCUCGAGCGCGGUGGGGAGCUGGUCAUACUCGCAGCAGAGGGGGCAGAGGGUGUGCUCUGGGGAGGGCCCGCCCAAGACGGACCUCAUGGCCUUCAGCCCCAGUCUCCCUCCGUGUCCUGAAUCUACAGGCGGGGAAGCCGAGGUCCCUGCUGUUUUGGACUCCUCUGGCAAGGUAACAUUUCUUGAUUCAAGCCAGAAUCAUGAUGGAAAUAUUGAAGUUCCCCUUACACCAGUUCUUCUCACAUGCAAUCGAACUAGGAAUAUCACAGCCUGUGUGCGUUCCAGUCGGAGUAUUCAUCGACUUGUAAAACAAGAGAAAGCUAAGAUGUUGGUCUCCAGAUACAGCGAUCCGGGAUCCCAGCGUCUGUUGCUCUCCUUCCUGUUCCUCGCAGUCUGGGAGACCGGGAGCGGCCAGCUCCACUACUCGGUCCCCGAGGAGGCCAAACACGGCACCUUCGUGGGCCGCAUCGCGCAGGACCUGGGGAUCGUGGACAGACCGCUGCAGGUUUUCCACGUGGAGGUGGAGGUGAAGGACAUUAAUGACAACCCUCCGAGGUUCUCUGUAACGGAACAAAAGAUUUCAAUAUCGGAAUCUAGACUGCUUGACUCUAGAUUUCCGCUAGAAGGCGCGUCUGAUGCGGAUGUUGGAGAGAACGCAAUGCUUACUUACAAACUCAGUUCAAAUGAUUUCUUCAUUCUUGAUGUUAUAAACAAAAAAGACAAAGGCAAAUUCCCAGUUCUUGUUCUGCGAAGAUUGCUAGAUCGUGAAGAAAAUACCCAGUUUAAGUUGUUACUUACUGCAACAGAUGGAGGCAGACCCGAAUAUACUAGUUCCGUUUCUCUGCUGAUACUUGUAUUGGAUGCCAAUGAUAACGCCCCUGUAUUUGACAGAUCGAUUUAUGAAGUGAAAAUGCCUGAAAAUCAAGCGAACCAAACAUUGGUAAUAUGGCUAAAUGCUUCUGAUGCGGAUGAAGGAAUAAACAAGGAAAUGGUAUAUUCAUUUAGCUCUUUGGUCCCACCUACUGUAAGAAGGAAAUUUCUAAUAAACCAAAGAACAGGAAAAAUACAAUUGAGGGAUGCUAUUGACUUUGAAGAUAGAAGCAUUUAUGAAAUUCAUGUAGAUGUUACAGACAAAGGUAAUCCACCUAUGGUUGGUCACUGCACUGUCCUAGUGGAAAUUCUGGAUGAAAAUGACAGUUCACCAGAGAUAGUUGUUACUUCCUUGUCUCUCCCAGUGGCAGAGGAUGCUCCAGUGGGCACAGUCAUCGCCCUGAUCAGCGUGUCCGACAGGGACACAGGUGUCAAUGGACAGGUGACCUGCUCUCUGCCUCCCCAUGUUCCUUUCAAGCUGGUGUCCACCUUCAAGAACUAUUAUUCCCUGGUGCUGGACAGCGCCCUGGACCGGGAGAGCGCCUCUGACUACGAGGUGGUGGUGACAGCCAGGGACGGGGGCUCGCCCUCGCUGUGGGCCACGGCCACCGUGUCCGUGGAGGUGGCCGACGUGAACGACAACGCGCCGGUGUUCGCGCAGGCCGAGUACACGGUGUUCGUGAAGGAGAACAACCCGCCGGGCUCC